AUGUGGCUCACUUGCUUCUCAGUGAUCCUGGUGGCUUCCCAGGGCAUGGACAGGGCUGGAACCUUGGCUCUGUGUCUCCCACCGCCACUGCCCAGCCUCCCAGUGCCCGGCCGGCCCGCGUGUUACCUGGCUCAGAUUUUCCUCAAUGUGCUUUAUGUGGUGGUUACAAGACAGAGAGCACCGGUCAGGACAACUGCACUGGUAGGGCAGGCUUUGGAUUCCCCACGGACACACCUGGCAGCGGUGGCCCUGCUGCUGAGUUUUCGCCAGAGGGAACAGCGUGAAGGAGUUGAGAUGUUGACCAGAAGUCUUCAAUUACAGGUGAUGAUAGCAUUUGAAGACCUGGCUGUGUACUUUACGUGGGAGGAAUGGCAGAACAUGAACAAUGCUCAGAAAAUGCUGUACAGAGAUGUGAUGCUGGAGACCUACAGCAGCCUCUUCUCCUUGGGGCAUUGCACUACCAAACCUGACUUGAUCUUCAAGUUGGAGCGAGGAGCAGAGCCAUGGAUGGUGGAAGAAUGCCUGAAUCAAAGCCUUCCAGUUGCCAUGAAAAGAGAUGACCUGAUUUGGACAAACCAGGAAAAUCAGGACAAAAUUCUGAGUCAACAUGUUAUGAAAAAUAAAACAUCAACUCUCAAGAGAAUUGAAUUAAGAAAAAAACUUCAUUUAAGUUCAAGCCAUGUUCCAAAUCUGAUUAGCAAAAAGGGAAACUUUUUAAGAAUGAAACCUGAGGAAUGCAAUGGAUGUCACAACAUGUAUCCCCUCAGUGGGCCUGAUCAACUACAAGCUGGUAAAAAAUGUGAUGCCACUAAGGUACCUGGGAAGUCACUCCAGUUCUGUGAGCCUAUUAGUCAGCAUCACAAGAGUCAGACUGUGAAGAACACACUUGAAAAUAUUGGACCAGGGAAAGUCUUCACAAGGGAGAAUAUAUCUGUAAAUCUGAAAGGAUUCAUAUGGAAGAAACCUGUAAUACAUCAACUGUCACUGUUGAAAAGACAAAUAAAAAAGACUUUCUAUAAAAAUUCUAAUCUUAGUAUGCAUCAAAAAACCCAUGCAAGAGAAAAAGUAUAUGAAAAUAUUAGGUAUGUGGAUCCCAACACUUACCAAUCACAUCUUGCAAUAAAUCAGAGACCACAUACAGGGAAAAAACCCUAUGCAUGUAAACCUUGUGAAAAAUCAUUCGAUUGUAAGUGCUGUCACAACAUCCAUUACAGUACUCACAUACAGGAAAACCGCAAUGUGUGUAAUGAAUAUGGAGAGCCCACUUAUCAGACGUCAGAUCUCAUUACACAAAAGAAAAUUCACAAACAGAGGAGGCCACAUGAAUGUAAAGAAUAUGGAAAAGCCACUUUCCAGAAAUCAUACUUCAUAACACAUCAGAGAAUUCACACAGGGGAGAAAACUUAUGAAUAUCAUGACUGUGGGAAAGCCUUUGGCCAUAAGCCACACCUUAUAAGGCAUCAGAAAAUUCACACAGGAGAGAAACCUUAUGAAUGUAAUGACUGUGGAAAUGCCUUUCGCAAUAAGUCAGAACUCAGAAUGCAUCAGAUAACUCACACAGGGGAGAAACCUUAUGAAUGUAAUGCCUGUGGGAAAGCCUUUGGCCGGAAGUCAAGCCUCAUAAUUCAUCAGAGAAUUCACACAGGGGAGAAACCUUAUGAAUGUAAUGACUGUGGGAAAGCCUUUGGCUUUAAUUCAGUCCUCAGCAAACAUCAGAGAAUUCACGCGGGGGAGAAACCUUAUGAAUGUGAUGACUGUGGAAAAACCUUUGACUGUAAGUCAGCCCUCAGUAGACAUUAGAGAAUUCACACAGGGGAGAAACCUUAUGGAUGUAAUGACUGUGGAAAAUCCUUUUGCUGUAAAUCAUAUCUUAUUGCACAUCAGAAAAUUCACACAGGGGAGAAACCUUAUGAAUGUAAUGACUGUAGAAAAUCCUUUUGUUCUAAAUCACAUCUCAUUACACACCAGAGAAUUCACACAGGGGAGAAACCUUAUGAAUGUAACGACUGUGGAAAAGCCUUUGGCUUUAAGUCAGUCCUCAGCAAACAUCAGAGAAUUCACACAGGGGAGAAACCUUAUGAAUGUAAUGACUGUGGAAAAGCCUUUGGCCUCAAGCCACAGCUCAUAAGGCAUCAGAAAAUUCACACAGGGAGAAACUAUUUAUGUGAUGACUGUGAAAAGGCCUUCGGCCAUAAAUCACAACUCAAAAUGCAUCAGAGAAUUUACAUAGGGGAGAAGUCUCAUGAAUGUAAUGACUGUAGAAAAGCCUUCAGCCAGAAGUCAAACCUCAUAAUGCAUUGGAGAAUUCACACACAAGAGAAAAUCAUUCAUGUAAUGACUAGAAAAUCCUUUUGCUAUAAAUCACAACUCAUGAAACACCAGAGAAUUCACACAAGGGAGAAACGUUAUGAAUUACAGUGUGGGAAAGUCUUUGGCCAUAAGUCACAUCUCAUAAUCCAUCAUAGAAUUCACACAGGAAGGAAUCUUAUGAAUGCAAUGACCAUGGAAAAUCCUUUUGCUAUAAAUCAUAACUCAUGACACAUUGGAGAAUUCACACAGGGAGAAACCUCAUGAACCCAGAAACUGGAAUAGCCUCUGGCCAGAAGUCGAACCUCAUAUUACAUGAAAUAAUUCACAUGAGAGA